GUGACGUCAUCAUCGAUUUAUUUUGAAAAAAAUGAAAACUAAUUUUCCCAAGAAAAUGACCAAAUGAAGAGCUUUCACACCUAAAAUUAUGGAACAUAGUAAUCAAAUACACAUAAGGCAACGUAUUACAUAAAACUGCAUAAAUAAUGGCUGGAGAUGAGGUUGCAUUUUUGAAAGAUCAAGUUCAGCGCUUGAAUACUUUGCUGUCAAAGUACCAGGAGAAAUAUGGGCUUAUACCAGAGAGCCAGACAGAGCCUGGAGCCCCGCCUGCCCCUUGGUUAACAGAAAAAGGGCAGUUGGCGCCAUUAAUUGCUGCUUAUGAUGCCCAAGUUCAGUUCCAGCUUCAACAGAAUUCAAGCUACCAGGAUGAGCUGAAAGAACUAAAGCAAGAAGUAACUAAGUUGAUGAGUGAAAAUAAAAGACUCAACAGAGAAUUAAAGGAGACAGUGCAGAGUCAGCUAGAAGAUAUAAAUCCAGAAGACCUACCCCCCAAAUUCACAGAUGACAAAAUCUUUCGUAAUUUACAAAAUCAACUGGAAAAUAUCAAAGAGGAAAAGACUGCCCUUGAGUUACAGUGUCAGAUGACACAGGAAGAGCUGGAUCAAUGUAGGAUGGAGUUGGCCUCUAGGGUACCCUACCCCUCUCAACCUGCUGAGGAUACUACUAGAAUACAAGAGCUGGUUUCAAACUACCAGAAAAGCUUCGCUGACUUUGAUUCUGAGAUUCAGCGAUUAAGUAGCGCUUUAAUGGCUGCUAAGGGAGAUAUUAUUACAGCCAAUCAGAAGCUGGUCGAUACACAAGCAACUCUGGAGGAAACAAAGCAACGCCUGUCAAUCAAGGAUAAGGAAUGCGCUGAGUAUAAAACAACCAACCACAGCCUCAACAGCCAACUCUCAAGUGUUAAAUCCACACUGACCAAUCUAGAGGGACAACUCAGUAGUGCUCAAAGAGAUGGUGCCAAAUUCAAAAGAGAAAAACUUAUAAUUGAAGAAAAGCUCACAGAUAUGCAGAGAAAAUGUGCUGAGCUGGAGCAGAGAGAGCAGGAGGCUGUGAUACAACUUAGAGAAAGCAUACAGAUGACGGAGAAUGCUAUUCUUGAGAAGGACCAGUGUAUUAUACAUGAGCAGCAGCAAACAGAAGAGGUACAACGUCUCCAGCAGGCUCUGAAUAAUAUCCUUAAUGAGGCUGGGAUUAAAACAAGAAAGGAGGUUGAUGCAGUCAGAGCCCAGUGUAACAAGAAUAUUGGUAAACUAAUGGAAGAGUUGGAGAAUAUGGAGACUGAAGCGGGAGAGAAACAGGCCCAGUUAGAGAGGGCAGUAAGAGAGAAACGUGCAGUAGAGUCAGAAUUAGAGAAGAUAUACCAGGAGGGACUGGUACAGGGAAGCAAGGAGUAUGGGACACAAGAUGACCUCACCAGAAGAAUGUGCAAUGCAGAGAGAUUAAAAGAGGAAGCUAUGUUGAAACUUGAAUCCCUACAAAACACCCUAAAUAGGAAAGAGAAAAAUUUUACUCAGGAAACUUCACAGCUUCAGUCGCAAGUUACCCAACUCAGAGAGAGGCUGACCUACAUUCAGGGAGAGUGCGAAAGUCUCAAUGAUGAACGCCUUAAAUUUCUCUCAGAGAGUGAUGAACUAAAGCGCUCGAUCCAAACACUCACAAAAGAAAAGUCUCAGGCUGAAAGGAAAUUCAAUAAAGAGUUGUCAUGUAUGGAGCAGGAUCUCCAGUUAAAGGAUCGGGAAUUUGAGGUGCGGCUUCAGAGUGUUGAGGACAGUCAUCGUCAUAAUGUUACAGAACUACGGCAACUGCUCACCUCACAACAAAGGAUGAGUGCAAAAUGGAAGGAGGAGUGCCAAAGUAUCACGCAGAAGCUGGAUGCGAAGGUGACCAGUCUGAGAGCAGAGAUAGCACGACACAAAUCCCGCAAUGAACAGCUCACAUCGAUGUUGAAUGAAGCAAGAGAUAAAGUUGUCCAGUGUGAGCAGCUGAUAAGUGAAUAUACAAGAACAAUCAGGAAGAUGGAGGACCAAGUGAGAGAUAACGAGGCAAGAGCCUUGGCAGCUUCUCAACAGGCUGCACGUCAACUAGGGAGAGACAGGUCAAUACUCAAUGAUCGCAAGUCAUUUCAGCGCCACCUGGAAUCCAGCAGGCCACAUGUAGCUGAACGGCCCUCUCCACUCCUGCUACAGGAUCUUGGCACAGCAAUGGGGGACCCAUUGGAUAUAAUCAGUUCCCAUAGUGAUAAAAUAACAAAUGGACUUCAUUCACAAGACGAUCUCAGCCAGCCUCUUUCUGGACUAUGAUAGUUGGAUAUUUCAGAUCUAAUUUUGGAUUGGUUUUAUUUUUCAAUCCUUGCCUUUAAUAUAUAUUAUUUCAUUAUUUUAUCAUUUUGCAUCUGUUAAUAUGACAUACUGAAUUCUUAAUUCAAAUAAAUAUUUCUUGAUCU